GUGGGGAGAUUCUUGUUUAACAGCGAGCGUUCAUACAGUGGAUUUUUCAGGACAAAAACAUCUUUCUUGAGGAUCUUGCAUUGUUGGAAAAAAUAACACAGUUUUUGCAAACCUUGGUUGGCAAGAAUACUUGACGGUCGCGGGGAUUUUGCAUUAUUUGUGGAUUCUGACUCUUGACAAUGCAAUGGAAGGGAACGGUUUUGCAGGAUUUUCAGGCGUCUUAGCUAGCAGCAGUAGGAUCAGACACAAUAACCAUGGCUAGGCCUCACAGACACAUUCAUAGUUGUACAGCAACCUGACAACAAGAGCAAUUGGAUUAACGUUGAGCUAGCUGGUUCCAGAUAGGAUUCUUCACUCGUCAAGUCGUCGACUACUGCCUGGGUGAAUGUGGGACAAAAUGGAGACACCAACGAUUGUGUACGAUUUGGAUACCUCUGGGGGUUUAAUGGAGCAAAUUCAAACACUGCUCGCACCCCCCAAGUCAGAUGGUGAAAAGAGGAGUCGGAGGAGUGAAAGGGACGUUCGGAGAAGCGGGAGGGCCACCAACCACGACACCUGUGAUAGUUGUCAUGAGGGAGGGGAUCUUCUGUGUUGUGACCAUUGUCCAGCCGCGUUCCAUCUACAAUGCUGUAACCCACCAUUAAGUGAAGAAAUGCUGCCCCCUGGAGACUGGGUGUGUCAUCGCUGUAAUGUCUACAGAAAGAAACGGGAGCAGAAGGCCGAGCAGACCAAUGGGCUGCUGGAGAGGGAGCGGGCCCUGGCCAAGCGCUCCUCCCCCGCCUCCGAACAGGAGCUGGGUGCCCCCACCACGCUGCGUCUGGACCGGCUGCCCCCCGGGGUCGGAGCUGCUGGGCCUGGGUUGCGGGUGGCUUCGGUGCAUCUCAAGCGUCUGGAGUGCCUUGAGCGGAGGGCCAGCAGCUGGCCCGGGACCCCCGCCACCAACGUGUCCUCCGCGGACACAGCUGCCCCACCGGAGGAGCGGAAGGAGGCAGACAAAGGGCCGGUGACUGAUGCCCGGGGCUCAGAAACCCGGGGCUCGGCGUCCGAGGCGGCCGUCCCCGCCGCGCCGCGGCUCCUGAAGAGGCCCUUCCAGCUGCUCAUCUCCGCCGCCAUGGAGAUGAACCCCACGCAGUUCCAGCUGCCCAGCGAGCUGACCUCCACCACAGCCCUGCCCGGCAGCAGCAAGCGGCGGAGGAAGGACGAGCUGAUCAUGAGGACCUCCAGGAGGCCUCAGCAUGAGAUGGACCCCAACGGCCUCGUCCCUCUGCCAGUGAGGGUGUGCUUUUCCUGCACCAGGAGCUGCCGAUUGGCCCCUCUAAUACAGUGUGAUUAUUGUCCCCUGCUCUUCCACAUGGAUUGCCUGGACCCCCCUCUCACUGCCAUGCCUAUGGGCAAGUGGAUGUGCCCCAACCAUAUUGAGCACUUGGUGCUGAACCAGAGGAGCCUGACCCUCACCAGCCGCUGCCAGCUCUUGGACCAGUUCCAGGACAGGAUAUCCCAGCACGCUGUCAAAGUGGACUUCCUGCGAUGGGUCCACCGACAGAACCCACCGGUCCGCCAUGGAGCCAGUCACCACAAGACCAAGACGCUCAAGGUACCAGAUGCUAUUAAGUCUCAGUACCAGAGCCCCCCAGUCAUGUUGGCCCCUGCAGGGGUCCGGAACGGAGAGCUCAUCUGUAAUGGCGUUCCAGACCAGGAGCGCCCCGAACGCUCCCCGCAAUAUUUCACCAGCCAGGCGGAGCAACAGGAGUGGCUCCAGGACGUCGUUGCGCUCCAGUGCAGCAUCAUGAGACAUUUAUCUACCCGUCAGAACUCCUCCGACUGGGGCUCCAAGCAGGCUGGCAUCGAGCACAAAGACGUCAAGCCCCGUGUGGCUGCGGACGAACUCUGCUCUCUACCCUGUGUAGAACGGACGGCCUCUCCCCCUCCCGCCCCCUGCGCUAAGCCUUGCAGUACACCCGUUGGCCCCCAGGGGGCCCCUGUACCGAGGAGCCUCUGGGACAAGCAGGACAGGUGCAGUUGCGGGCUGAGGCCGUUCCAGAACUGUCUGAAGUGCUGGAGACCCAACGGGCCUCUGGCCGAGAGGCCUAUGAAAGCCAAUGGGGCGGUGGGGUGUGACGCCGCCUCAGACUCCAGCAGUCCGGAGGAGCUCCAGUUACACAGACUCAUCCCCCCCCUUGAGCCCCCCAACUCAGCCUCUGCUACUGCUGUAGGGCUGCCCCACCGCCAGGGAGGUGUGGUGGUUAAGACCGAGAAGGGCACCCCUCUGGAGUGUUGCACCCAGAAAGACUGUCCCCCUUCCCCCUCGCCAUGCGCGCCCACCGGGCAGGUAGUCCAGAACCCGGCCCACGGGACUCCCCCGGCCAAGGCGGGCGCCCCGACCAUCUCUCUGAGCCGCUGCGGUGAGUUGAAGCUCUCCCCCAGCCCCACCCCUGGUGUCCACGUCUUCACCCCACCCAGGGUCAUCAAGGACUCCAGCACAGCGAGGCGGCCCUCCACUUCGCCUCCCUGUAUCUACCCAGGGCCGGAUCCGAAGGGAAGCUCCUGCUCCGAGAGCUCCGUGUUCCCCAGCUCCCUGUCCUCCUCCCUGGCAGACUUGUCUGGUUGCAUGAAGGCCUCGGUGGACGGAGACGGGGAGAUUGAGCUGAGCAAGCUAGAUGAGGAUCUGGUCAAACUCCUGGCCUGGCAGAGAAUACAGCAGCUGUUUCCUCCCAAAGGGCCUCCCCCAUCCCAAGGCAGCUGCGGAAGCGUCCGUCCUCCUGCCCCCGCCAGGCUUCAGUCGCCCACGCUACACGCAGACAAACAGAAGAAGGUGGUGCAGGCGAGGGCCACGUUCUACCCAUUAAUGGGGAAGGGACGGGCCGUCAACAUGCCCUAUAGGACCCUGUACAUUGGAGCUGGUGCUGACAUGGAUGUGUGCCUUACUGACUAUGGUCAUUGUAAUUAUGUAUCGGGAAAACACGCCUGCAUCUUUUUUGACGAGAACACCAAGCACUAUGAGCUCCUCAACUACAGUGAGCAUGGGACCACAGUGGACAACGUGCUCUACUCCUGUGACUUCUCUGAGAAGGCCUCCCCCAGCCCGACUGGUGGCCUGGUGUCCAAAGUGCAGGGCCUUGUCCGUCGCUGUAAGACGAGAGGGCGGGAGGAGCAGGCCGAUGAUGGGUCUGGGCCCAGGACUGGGGUGGCGCCACCAGGGGGAGUGAUGAGCUGCCAGCCCCAAGGCGGACCCAGGCUGUCCUGUAACUGCAAGGCCAGCAGCUCCAGUCUGAUCGGUGGCAGUGGGGCCGGCUGGGAGGGCACAGCGCUUCUCCACCACGGCAGCUACAUCAAGCUGGGCUGCAUGCAGUUUGUCUUCAGCAUCGCCGAGUUUGCCAGCAAGCAGCCCAAAGAGGAAACUACCACCAUCAACACCACUGCCCCCGCCAAUGCCACUGUCAGUCCAGAGGUGCUCGACAAACAGACUCUCAAAUUCCACCAAGUGCCCCUAGUACUGCGUUCAAACUCUGUUCCUUAGCCCAACCCCCAUCCCCUCAUCUCUGUUCCGUAGACCAACCCCCAUCCCCUCAUCUCUGUUCCGUAGACCAACCCCCAUCCCCUCAUCUCUGUUCCGUAGACCAACCCCCAUCCCCUCAUCUCUGUUCCGUAGACCAACCCCCAUCCCCUCAUCUCUGUUCCGUAGACCAACCCCCAUCCCCUCAUCUCUGUUCCGUAGACCAACCCCCAUCCCCUCAUCUCUGUUCCGUAGACCAACCCCCAUCCCCUCAUCUCUGUUCCGUAGACCAACCCCCAUCCCCUCAUCUCUGUUCCGUAGACCAACCCCCAUCCCCUCAUCUCUGUUCCGUAGACCAACCCCCAUCCCCUCAUCUCUGUUCCGUAGACCAACCCCCAUCCCCUCAUCUCUGUUCCGUAGACCAACCCCCAUCCCCUCAUCUCUGUUCCGUAGACCAACCCCCAUCCCCUCAUCUCUGUUCCGUAGACCAACCCCCAUCCCCUCAUCUCUGUUCCUUA